CUACAACGACGCUAUUCGGGCAUAGAGUACAUAAACACAAGAAACAAUUUCAAAACUGACCUCGAAUAAAAACAGAUAAAUUUCAAGAUGAUGUUCUUGAACGACGAGGACAUGGUGGAAUGUCCUUAUAAUAAUUCACAUAGAAUGCUAAGGAAGCGUUUGCAGUCUCAUCUCCUGAAGUGUCGCAUACAUUAUCCAAAUGUUGAACUAAGGAAAUGUCCGUUUAACUUAUCCCAUUUGAUACCUGAACCAGAAUUUACGCAUCAUGCCACAAACUGUCCAGAUCGCAAAUUAAUAACUCAGUAUAAAUAUGAUGCCCCAGAGUCUGUAGAAGAGGAAGUGCCAAAACAUACACCCAUCGAAAGCGAAGAAAAUUGGGAUGAAACUGAUGUACCCGAUUACGAUCCAAAGAAAUAUGUUGAAAAUGCAACAGUCAUACGAUGUCCCCAAGGACCAACGCCAUCCGAACGUAAGGAAUUUAUUAAAAAGGAACGUAAACGUUUGGGUGAUGUUGAUAGCGAUGAGGAUAAAGACGACGAGAGCAGAAAUUCUCAAAAUGAUGAGCGGUCUGAACGUUCUAGAUCUCCGGAUUUAUUGUUUAGAAAUAAUUCGCCACAAACUCGGACCAAUCGAGACAGUAGAAUGUACAACUGUGAUGAUGAUCCUUACUAUAAGCGCAAUGAUGAAAGAAAUCCACGACCUCAAAAAUCUAGUAGAGACACACAAAGGAGCGAUUACUAUCAUAAUCAGCGACAAACUGAUCGUUCACCACCAUAUACCUCUAGUAGAAAUAAUAGGUCAAAUAACUAUGACACAGAUCGUUAUUUUAGUAAAAAUGGAAACUCUGCAUCUUCUCGAUCAAAUCGAGACAGAGAAGAUCGACAUCGCAGAAGCAGAUCUCGUUCACCAACACAUUCAGCAAGGGAACGGUCGCCUGCAAGACCUUAUAGAAGUGGCUCACAUUUCCAAUUUUCUAGAGAUCGCUCUCCUUCGAGGAACUCAAAAUAUAAUGGUUAUAGCAACGAGUCUGAUAGAUAUAAGAGUCGUUCGCCCUCGUAUAAUAGAAGACGGCAUGACAAUUUUUAAAAUAAUUCAGAAAGAGGAUGUAGUUUUGAACUAUUGGAACAAUUAUUUCACUUGUUGUUGUGUACAACUUUUGAAAAAAAAAAAAUAGAAAUUUUAGUUUUUUAAAUUCUUAUAGGCAUGAAAAUAAAAUUGAAUUAAAUAUGCUGAGAGCAAACAACGCA